AUGAACAUCCGCGAAGCAACUAUCGACGAUGUCUUGGGUAUGCAGAAUUGCAAUCUGCACAACCUCCCGGAGAAUUAUACGCUACGAUACUACCUAUACCAUGCGCUCACCUGGCCACAGCUUUCCUACGUUGCCGAGGACGAAAAGGGCAGGAUCGUCGGUUACAUUCUCGGCAAGAUGGAGGAGGAGCCAGCCGAUGGCAUUCCUCAUGGACACGUCACGAGCAUCAGCGUGCUCCGCUCAUAUCGUCGAUUAGGUUUGGCCAACAAACUCAUGAAGCAGAGCCAGGAAGCCAUGCGUGAUGUAUUUGGCGCAAAAUUCGUCUCUCUGCACGUCAGACAGACCAACCGAGCUGCUAUCGGCCUGUAUCGUGACACGCUCGGCUUCGAGGUUCAUGGUGUAGAACAGGGCUACUACGCCGACGGAGAAGAUGCCUUACAUAUGCGGCUUAACUUCUGA